AUGGACGACACUCAAGGCAGUCGAAUGUCUGAUGCGGUCGCUACGAGGAAGCGUAGGUCGUCCAUCCUCAAGAACCAACGCCCCCCUCGGACGCCCUUCUCCGAGCUCGAAUUCAAUGUCGCCACUCCCACUGACACGGCGAAGAGUCGCCGGGUCAGCUUCUCAAGGCGCACCGAUGUCGCAGAGUUCGUAACAAACGAGGCGACGACUACUUGGAAGACGAUGUACGUGGAGCAGAACAGGUCGCUCGAGUCGUCCGGCAACGACUCUGCGAUGAAUCCGCCACGGCCCACCGUCUGCCACCUGGGCAAGCGGAUAUUCGACCAGCAGUUCCAGGAGGUGGAGGCGGUGGACUCUGGCGCGGUGCCCCAUGCUAACCCAAGGGUGCGCGACAUGGACAUGUCCCUGAUGAACGUCGACUUUGCGCAGCAGAUCGCCGAAAUGGAGCGCGACGACGCCAGCCUCGCGCCGCCCCAGCAGAACUUCGAGCUGAGCUCCUGCACAGAGUACAGGAGUAAGCUGUUCGGGGACUUCACCAUGCCGUCUGUCGGCGCCAUGUCGGGCAAGGUCGACGUGGACUUAUUCGUCAUCCAGCCCGUGGGCGGCUCCCAGAAGUGCGACGACCUCGACGAGAUCCAGCGAGAUCUGCAGCGCUCCCAACCGGCCGCCAUCCGCUGCGGCCCGUUCGCCGACGCUCCCAACACCUCCGACUACAUCGAGGUGGACCUGAACACAACUCACGUCGGUCUAAAGCGCGACACGUCGGACAUGUCCAUAACUGAUACGAUACGCAGCCCAAAAGAUAAAAGCCUGCCGCAAUUAUACGUCCCCGCGAAAGUGAAGCCGGGCGCGGAGGAGGACUGUGUGGUGGACAAGGAGAACAUUGCGAUCAAUCCGUAUGCCGCGCCGAAGGAGUCUGCCAAUUUCGCUAUAAACGAGAUCCCGGAUCAAGUGUUGGUGUUUGACGGGAGGCGGUUGACCAUUCAGACGGAGAGGAAGACAGGUUUCGGUGAAGAGGAUGCGGGGUGUCGGCGACCGCUCUCAAACCAGCCCUCAGUUUCUCAGAGGAAGACCAUAGUUUUGAACGUGAACGACGACCUGCCGAAUUUCAUCGAUGAUGCGCCGCUCCACGGCCUCCGCACCAGGGGCAUUGAAUAUGAUGGCGCCGUGGACGGAAGCAUCCCGUGUAAGCCCCAGGCGGUCCCUAACGCAAUGCGAUACGGUCCAAAUUCGCACAACACUGUCCUUUACGAGGGCGACGAUGUGGCCAAUGUGUCCAUGACGCAAGCGAUACCAACGAACAUUCUAGCGCAAAACGAGAAGAGGAGAACUACUAUCGUCUUUGACAGUGACGCCGAGCUGUCAAUGACGCAGGCGGUGCUCGCGCCGCUGAAGGAUUCCGUCGAGCAGAACAAAACGGUCGUGUUCGGCGCAGACGACAUUUCGUUCACGCAAGCCGUGCCCGGGAACGUGUUAGUAACAGACGAAAUUGAAAAAGGAGGUAGAGGUUCGGUUCCGCACGGCGGGAACGAUUUUGACAUAUCAUUCACCCAAGCUCUGCCCAAUAAUGUUCUUCUGACGAACACGUGUGGGUCGAAGAAGUGGAACACGAUUGUCUACGGUGACGACGUUGGAGACGUUUCAAUAACUCGAGUUUUACCUUCGAACAUAAUCAUUAGUGAUGGUCGAGGCACCGUCGAAGCGAUGCAGGGUCGAAAGUCAUUGAAAAGCGAAAAAUCCAUAGUCUACGAAAAGGAUGGCUGUGAUAUAUCUAUGACCGAAGCCGUUCCCAAAAAUAUAAUACUAUCAGAUGCGAUGAAAUCGAAUGAUACGAAAGUAGUUUACGGCCAUAGUGAUGAUCAUAAUAUUUCAGAAACCAAAAUGGUUCCGACGAACAUAGUUGAAUAUGAUAGACUUUUAGAAGUUAGUGCAAAGGAAGAGUACAAAGAUGGCAAAAUCAUAGUGGACGGAUGUGAAAAACUCGCUACCAAUAUGUCUAUAACUCAAGCUAUACCCGAGAACGUAUUUUUGGCACAUGUAAUGGAGAAAAGGAAAUCUUUAGUGAACGGCAGCGGCGUGUGCGAUGUGUUAGUGACGCAAUCCCUCCCGACGGACAAAAGUUUGGCUAAUAGAAGUGCGAUCGCCAAUAAUCUCGACCUCUCUAUAACUCAGGCGGUCCCAGACAACAUUGUUAUAUUGAACGUUGUAUUAAACACGGACACGAGGCAGAGACAUAAUGAAACGCGGGCAGAGGAAACGCAAACGGAAACGCAAAAAAGUUGUAUCGAGCACGAUGUCUCGUCCAAAAGUUGUUCACCGAACGAAGAUUUAUGUAAAAGCGACAUGAACAUGUCUAUAACGCAAGCAAUUCAAACCAACGAGGCGCCACAAGAAUCUCGUGUACCCAAUGAUCGGUGUGAGACACUUUCCGAUGAAGAUAUGAACAUUUCAAUGACAGAUCUAAGACCAACAGACAUUUUGCUAAAUGGAUCACGGCAGGUGGAUGAUAAAAUGAUUGAAACCACUACCGUAAACGUAUCUAGCGAUACAAUGUAUUGUAAAGAAAGAGAACUUGAUGCCCCGUCGUUCACAAAAAGCAUUUGCUCUAAAUCGAUGCCCCCAGAAGAGAAAUACAACAGCCUUUCACAUAAAGCUGAAAUUUGUAAAGAGGAUUCCGUUGCGCACGUAUUGGAGUUAUCGAACAGUGAAUACACAAAUAUGAAAGCGGAAAUUAACGGCACACAUAGCGCAGCGUUGCUCGACAAAAGUCCAAAAUUGGUUUCCGAAGAGAAAGUUCUACAUACAUCCGAGAAAUGCGCAGGUAUGUCACAAAGUUUUGGGACCAACAACGCGCACAAAUCUGCAGCGGAGAUAAAUUACCAAGAUCUGUUCGUUUACCAAGCCGCCACAGAGCACAAUGUGUCCAUGCAGCAACUUAUGAAUAGAGAACCGAGCGAUUUGGGCAUUAAAAUGCCGCUCGCCUCGGACAGUCCCAAGCGAAGCGACAUUAAUUUGGCAGAAGACAGCAAAGAACCAAUUUCAAGUUUGGAAAAUUCGCGUACAUCGCAAAAGAGACCGGGGAAGUCGAUUUUGAGCGAACUUCUUAAAAUGUCAGAUGAAUCUAUUAAUAUAUCGGAUGAUGGGGUUGGUGAGAAGAAUGCAAUGGUCGAGGCACAGUCGAUUGAUUUUGCGGAACAUAUCCCGAAAGACCAUCCCGAAACGCUUAGAACUGACGAUGAGUUAUUAGAAUGCAAAUUUAAUAAAACCUUGCAAGUUUCACAACCUAAUAUCGAAUCGAAUAUGUUGGAAGAAUGUAAAUCUAAUAAAACCUACGCCGAAGUUUCUCGAUCAAAUUCCGAAAUGUUUAGAGAAAAUAAUUCACAGGAGCGGGUUGAAAAUAAAAGUCCCGUAACGGAGACACUUUACGAGAACGUAUUAAGCGUAAAUUACGAAAGAACGCACUUAAACGAGAGCCCGAAACAUUCGAGUGAAACUUUAUGUUCGGAUUUAGAGACGGAAGAAAAGGAUGAAAUCACCACUGCUGUGACGAAAACGGGUUCAGAACAUCAAACAUACAAACAGGCUGAUGACACGAAGGAACUGUUGGAGAUGCUAUCGGAUUUCACUGAUAAAACUAUGAUUAAACAAUCCAAGGACAAAGACGACGCUAAUGUACCCAAUGAGCACGGCGCAGUGGAAGAGAACUCUAAUGGCAACGGGCUCAAACGUUUAAGCUUUGCUAAAAGCAGAAUGUCCAUAGUGCUGAGUCGAGAAGACCUACUCACCAACAUAUCUAUAGCGCAAGCUGCACUACAGGCGAGAGCCGACACGGACGAAAGCGACGACGACGAUACCCUCGACGAUACGCCAGAAGAUCCGAUAGAAGCGAUAGAUGUGGUAGAGGAAAUCGAAGCAGCACACGAAGAAGAUCAAAUAAACCGAGUUGUCGAAGAGACGAAUAACAAAAGAAAAUCGAUACGCGUCAGCACGGAAGUGGUGAAGACGCUGCAGUUUGACGAUUCGGCUAUCGAUACUAUACAGAAAUCGGCCGAGAAUCUAUCGCCCCUGAGGAAGAACGUGUACGGCGAUAAUGUCGGAGCGAUAGACGGCAAGGCGAAGGUGAUCCCCUCGUACUUGAAGGACGUGUCGGAAGACGUGAAGUCGCUCAUGCAGGAUCUGGUGAAGCCGACGGCGGACCAGACAUCCUUCGGUAGAACGACGCUCGAUAGGCCAGAAAAGGGGGAGAGUUCCACCCGCAGCAUCAAUAUACAGGCGAACAUCAUCACGUCGAGUCAGAUUGACAUAGACAUUGAGUCGGAAUCCGACGUGUCAACGUCCGUUUGCAAGACAGACAGAAAGAGUGUUCAUCUUAAUCAAUCGAAGUUAGUGGAUUCUGAACCAGUUCUGAUCUUCGACCACGCAAAUCCACUAAACAACGUUCUGCUAUCACCUACAGGCAAGAGGGAUACGCACAAAUAUCGCCCCGAAGACACCGCGUCGUCAAAGACAGAGGUCGAGCCGAUGAGUUGUCUCAUGAAAUCCGUUCUGGAGAAGAACGCGGACGAGAGGGUCAGCAUACAGAGGAUUUCCACACAUUACGACAUAAACACGAGUCCGGUCAGAGACGGUUUAGGACAGGAGCCAGCGGAAAAUGCUAGCCUUGAUCCCAAUGACAACCCCGCUUUACCCGCUAACACUUCCGAGGAACCACAGGAGCGCUUAAAGGACACCGAAGUGAACACCUCUAUAUCCAUGAAGUGCAACAAGGUAUUACUGGAGGAAACUUCGUGUUUGACCUUGGUCGACGACGAGGAACAGGGCACCAUUGUGGAAGACACACAGCAGGCGCACACAACACCCGCUGAGGCGAUGCUCGAAAGGACAUCGCCGCGUGGAUUUGGGCCUGAGGACGCGAGCAAGCCGAAGAAACGGACGUACAGCUCGGCGAAGCGCGAACCGACUGGUAAGGCCGCGCUGUCGAGCCCAGACGUUACGCCGAAGCCACUCAGCAAGAUCCAGAAAGUCUCGAACAGCCCGAGGGUGAAGCCGCCAGCAGACGCCGCCGCCGCCGAGUCUGAGAGAUCGCUGAGUAGGACGUUGAAGAGGCAACCGAAAUGUAACCCGUCUAAAAGCGGCAAGCCGAAAUUCGGGAGCACCGUGAUAGUUCAACAGCUGACGGCGGAGUGCGGGGUUGAAAUGACGGAGAGGGACGGAGAGGGGGAAAUAGUUAAAGAGGGGGACAGCGCAACGUCCGGGCAGAGUUCGUGCAGCACCCUGAAGACGGAGACGAUGUCGCGUAAGAAUUUAAAAGAGGGCACCAGUGGGGAUAUGUCCUCCUCGUUCACCAGUAGAGCACAGAGCGCGGCCUCUAGAACCUCUAAAGAGGUCGGCUGUGCUCAGAGCGAGGUCUCGCCUCUUAACUGGUGCGCUAAGCUCGACCACAGAGAGUCUAACGUGUUGGCUGACUGCGAGUCGAGUAUCAAUGUGCUGGCGAAGAUCGACGCCCUGUCUUUUAUGGGAGGCCACGACUGCGAGUGGGAUUGGUCCGACGUGGACACGUGGCGGUUCCGGCUGAUGCGCGGCAGGCUGCGGCUGACGGUGCGCCUGGAGCGCGUGCGCAGCGGCGCGUCCGACGCGCGCUUUCACGCACGCGGCUACGUGGCCGCAGACACGCCCGUCCUCUCCGCCACGGUCGAGCUGGCGCACGAAGACGCGGACCCGCUGGCGCGCACGUGCGCCCGGCUCGCGUGCGAGGCGAUGCGCUACGAGUGCGCGCGCGUCGGCGCCGCGGCGCGCGACGUUGCCGCUCUGCUGCGCCGCUGCGCCGCGGUGGCGCGCCUCGCGAGGCGAUGGGCGCGCGUCAUGCGCGACGCGCGCGCCCACCUCGCCUUUACGAUCGCCGGCGACGGCGCGCUCGCUCUCAAGGUGGCGAAUAUCCCCCUCCGUAGCGUGUACGAGGUGACGCUUCGCAUAGAAUUGGUUGUGGAGGACCUCCGCGAGGCGGCGUGGGCGCGCGCGGGACGCGUGCGCGUGCGCGACGUGACGUCCGGUCACGCGCGCGACGCCAAACACGCGGGUGACGUCACCGCCGGCCAGGUCGGUCACGCUGGCGACGCUGAGGGCGUGCACGCGCGCGACCUGCAGCGGAUCCUGGCGCGGGUGCCCCACGACUGGGGCCACGUGCCGCGCACCCUAUGGAAGGUGUUCAGGCAUCUCAAGAACAAGACCAAAGAUGACGAAUUACUGGGUAUU